UCGAUAUGUGAUAUAUCUCAUUUGUUUUUUCAUAUGAUCGAAAAUUUUGAUUAUAUCAAAAAAUUUAUAAUUGUAGUUAAAGAUUUUACACAAGAAAAUCAUGAGGACCAUUAAAAUUUUACACAUACGAUCCAUAUCUACGGGUACUACUUUUCGAAACCGGUUAACUGAACAAACUGAUCAAUUAACGAAAUCUACUUCAGUAAAAAGAUCCACAGUUGAUCUUGCAACAAUAGAUCUUCAUUCUAAAUUAAGCAACAAAUGGUGGGAUAUCAAUGGUGAAAUGCGUGCUUUACAUGCAUUAAAUCCUCUUAGGGUACAAUUUGUUCGAGAUGGUCUUGCAAAUACAGGAAUCAAAGCAGAAUGUCCUUAUUUACCAUUAGAAGGAAUCAAGAUUUUGGAUGUUGGGUGUGGCGGAGGAUUAUUAUCAGAACCUUUAGCCAGAAUAGGAGCAGAUGUAACUGCAAUUGAUGCUUCUUCAGACUUAAUAACAACAGCAAAAGAACAUGCUAUGUUAGAUCCUAGUUUAGAUGGGAAGUUAAAUUAUAUUCAAACAGUCAUUGAAGAUUUUUCCCCAAAUAAUAAAGAAGUAUACAAUGCCGUAGUGGCUUCAGAAGUUAUAGAACAUGUAAAUGAUAAGGAAUUAUUUUUAAAGUGUUGUAUAAAUUCUUUAAAACCUGGUGGUUCAAUAUUUCUUACAACAUUAAAUAGAACAUUGCCUUCAUGGCUGGGAGGCAUAAUUGCUGCUGAACAUGUUUUAAAAUUAGUACCAAAAGGGACUCAUGAUUGGAAUAAAUUUGUUAGUCCNNNNGAAAUUCAGUCUCUAUUAGAACUAUAUGGUUGCAAGACAAAAUUGAUUCAUGGAAUGUUUUACAACCCUCUAAAAAAUGAAUGGUUUUGGAUGACUUCGACAGCAAUAAAUUACGCAGUUCACGCGGUAAAAAGAAAAAGACAAUAAUAAGUAACAUAUUUUACUAU